UCACUGCGGGCGGGGCUGCGGCGGCUGUGCGCUCUCUCCGGGCCCGAGGACCUGGUGGCUGCUCCCUGCGCGCAGCGGCCCUGCCUCGCGGCCAUGGUCCUGUACCCGGUGAUGCGGAAGUUCCUGGACAAGCGCGUGGUGUUGGCCAGCGCCUCCCCGCGGCGCCAGGAGAUCCUAAGCCACGCGGGGCUCAGGUUCACGGUGGUUCCUUCCAAGUUUAAAGAGAAUCUCAGUAAAGCCUCCUUCCCCACCCCUUAUGCAUAUGCCAUGGAAACAGCCAAGCAGAAGGCCCUGGAGGUGGCCAGGAGGAUGCACCAGAAAGACCUGCGGGCCCCCGACAUCGUCAUCGGAGCGGACACUAUCGUGGCGCUGGAGGGGCUGAUCCUGGAGAAGCCCGUGGACAAGACAGACGCCUACAGCAUGCUGUCCAGGCUGAGUGGGAAAGAGCACAGCGUGUUCACGGGCGUGGCCAUCGUCCAGUGCUCCAGCCAAGGCGGCGGGCUGGACCUGGACGUCUCGGAGUUCUACGAGGAGACGCGGGUGCGGUUCUCGCAGCUGUCGGAGGAGCUGCUGUGGGAGUACAUCCACAGCGGGGAGCCCUUGGACAAAGCCGGAGGCUAUGGGUACGGGACCCAGGCCCUGGGCAGCGUGCUGGUGGAGGCCAUCCACGGGGACUUCCUCAAUGUCAGGGGCUUCCCCCUGAACCGCUUCUGCAAGAAGCUGGCGGAGCUGUACCACCCGCCGCGCCCCGAGGACCGGCCCCGGGAGAAGCAAGAUUCCAUCCCCGCGGUGGACACCUUCGACCGUCUCGGCGACUCGGAGGGCGCGGGGCCCGGCCAGGGAGGGGCUCGGGGGGACCGCUGCCGUCCCCGGGCCCCAGGCAGGGAGCACGCGAAGGACGCAGACUGUAAACCCUCGGUGGAGAGCGUGCCGCCCACCGCGGUCCUGGAACUCAUAGACGGCUACAAAGUGUCCAAGGCCCUGUUCACGGCUUGCAAGAUGAAGCUGUUGGAUUUGCUGAGAGACGAAGGCCCCCUGAGCGCGCUGGACGUUGCCAGGAAAAUCGACGCCACUGCGGGCCCAACUGGACGGCUGCUGGACGUCUGUGUGGCCUUCGGGUUACUGGACAAGACAGAGAGAGGUUACAGCAACACACCCCUGGCCAGCCUGUACCUGCUGUCAGAUGGCGAGCACUCCCUGCACAGCCUGGCUCUGCACAACGACAACCACACCUGGCACCUGUACAACCACCUGGACUCCAUUGUCCGGGAGGGAGCCAACCCGCACCAGAGGGCUCUGCAGAGCACGGCGGACAGCCCAUUUCAGGAGUCCUUCUACCAGUCCCGGGAGAAGCUGCAGUUCAUGCGGGCCAUGCACGGCCUCAUCAAGGUGGUCGCUCGCCAGGUGGCCACAGCCUUUGACCUGUCUGGAUUCACCUCUGCCUGCGACCUGGGAGGAUCCACAGGCGCCCUUGCCUACGAGCUGGCCCGGCAGUACCCGGGUCUGAAGGUGACUGUAUUUGACCUGCCAGAGGUCAUCGAGGAUGCCGAGUAUUUUCAGCCCCAUGGACCCCCGACAGGGCAGGUCAGCUUCGUGCCAGGGCACUUUUUCCGAGACACCCUCCCGGAGGCCGACCUGUACAUUGUCUGCAGAAUUCUCCACGACUGGCCGGACGACAAGGUGCACCAGCUGCUGAGCCGCAUCUCCCGUAGCUGCAAGCCAGGUGGAGGGCUCCUGCUGGUGGAAAUGCUGCUGGACGAGGACAAGCGAGAGGCACGGUCUGCCGUGGUGCAGUCCCUGAACAUGGCGGUGCUGUUCCAGGGCCGGGAGCGCAGCCUGAGCGAGUACCGCAGCCUGCUGCAGGCGCACGGCUUCACCGACGUGCGGGCCGUGAGCACUGGGAGCAUCGCGGAUGCCGUCCUGGCCACCAGAGCCUGACGGCCACCUGCACGCCAGUCCCAGGGUCACUCCCCAGGGAGGACACUGGCCCACAGUCCCCCACUGCUGUGGCUGGUCAGGUGGAGAGUUUGCUGCAAGGGGCUGGAGUCACCCCCAGGCUAAGGAACGGGGUCAGGAGUGGCACUUGGAGCUGGUUGGUGCGGCUGCACGGGACAAGGGCAGUACCAACUGGCUGGGCCACUCGUCCUCUGUGGGGGCCCUGGUCGGGGACCUCCAGCCAGUGCACCUCCAUAUCACGGGCCGUGUCCACACUGCCCUCUCUCCACUGGCCCUGUGUGCUUCCCACCACCUCCCACCGCUUCUCUCCUCUCCCCAGCCAGACUUCCAGGUCCCAGUGACAACCCAGCUGUCGUGUCCUGUGACCCUGCAGGAGAUGUCCCUCCCCUUUCCCCCUCUGGUUGAUCAGCCCGUUUACAAGAUCACAGCAUAGGCAGGGGAAGGUUGACCUGGUGAAGGUGAUUGUUCACCACAACGUCCCCAAACUCUGCAGCUGGGACUCUGUGUCCUGGUAAGGUGUCCAUUUCCCUAAAGUGUAAGGAAGCGGGUGCACACUGGUCAGCGGGAGCCAGUGGGUAGGGUGACCGGUGGUAUCGUUCAGAUGGAUCUGUUCAAUCUCCCUUGCAGCUCCAAUCAGCAGUCUGUAGGACACACAGCUUGUAGUCGUGAUUUUCCCAGUGAGAAUGGAUUUCAUAGACAAUCUAGAAGUUGAUUGACAAGAUGCACACACACACACAUGAUUUCUACAGUGUCGACGAUCACACACAUAAUCACUCAUGCACAGUCCUGGAUGGACACCUUGGUCCUCCACUCUGCAGGGAGCCCUUAGGCGAGGACCCACCCACGGGAGACCCCAGGCUGCAGAGGGACAGGCAGGUAACACUUGAGGGAACUGGGGAAGGGUCCCUGGUCCCCUGAGACCACUUUCUGUGCCCCUGUGGCUGGUGGAAAUGCUCUUAGAAACAAUGAACACGAUGCGAAG